AUGGCAGAAACUCCUUGCUCGGCGUGUACCUGGACACCAGAGCGACAGUCCCACUGCUCUUACAAAAGUAAUGUCAGCCUUUUCUACAGCGCCGGCCCAAGAGGAGCGUGGUCUCUAGGCUCCAAAUUCAUUCUCAAAGAGCGAUCGAUCUCGCCCCCAAAUUUCGAAACUGUCAAUCUACAAUUCGUUUCCUCAAAGACCACAAUUCCAGUUCCAAAACUCGUCAAAGAAUGGACAGAGGAUGAUGGGACGUAUUUCCAGAUCACGGAACGCCUGAGAGGCAAACCACUGAGCGAGGCCUGGCCCACAAUGUCCCAGACAGACAAAGACCGAGUCGCGAGUCAGACUGCCGACUAUCUCAAGCAACUUCGAGAGCUCCGUUCUGAUCGAAUGGAGUCUCUUGGAGGCCAGCCCCUCUAUCAUGCUUUUCUAUUCAUGUCUGGAUCUGGUAAAAGGCAUGGGCCUCUAUCGUCAGACGAUGAACUUUGGACUGAGAUGUCGAAGAGUCUUGACCACGUCCCUGAGAACGUGCUAAUGAAACUUCGAGCGCGCCUACCAACUGCAGCACCCUAUACAUUCACCCAUGGUGAUCUAACGGAUGUCAACAUCAUGGUUGAAGAUGGUCAUCUAGUGGGCAUCAUCGAUUGGGAGGGGGCGGGAUACUUCCCGGUCUGGUGGGAGUUUGCUGCCCUGUCCAUCGGGUUGGGAGAAGUGGACGUUGAAUGGAAACAGACGCUACGUCGGUAUAUGCCUGCCGAAGAUCGAGAGUUUUGGCGUAUCUUCUACUCGCUAAAAUGGAACUACCCUAGGUUGGAUGAGGUAGGGCAUGAGUUCUUCCAGAAAAGUGGACUUGAACUGCCGGUAGUUGAAGCGUCUGAUAGCUAG